GGUUUGGUCCCUUGGGACAGAAGCGUUGCUCACGUGGCUCGGUGGGUUAGGUGACAGUUGCGGCAUGGCCCUUGGUGGGACUCCAUGGGCGUCCUUGUCCGCAUUAUGGAGCCCGUGUACGACAUGCUUUGCAGGUUGGACCGGGGAGAGCUGCACAUAUCGCGGGUUGUGCAGUGGACGCAGGACGUGAGCCGCAAUGUGGUUCGGGAGGUCCACGCACUUCCACCAGAUGUUGUGCACAUCAUUAUGUUGAAAGUGCAGGCUCGGUGCGCUCACAUGUUGGAGUCAGCGCACGCCGCUGCUCACCUUCUCUGUCCUAGUCGGCAAGACUUAAGGUACUACGAGGGCGUGGUCAGCGACUGCGAUGCGAGACUCGUGCAGGAGGCAGAAACAUACAUCCUCGCACAGACUUGGUUCAGUGUCGCGAGCCCCGAUUACGAGGUUGCAUGUGCCCAGUUGCACGACAUUCACACACAGAGAGGGGGGAUUGCCUGGAGGGGGAGGGACGGAGACAGGGAGGCGCAGAGGUGCACCGACGAGGUUGAGACGUACGAGACCGGUUGUUGGUGGUGGAAGUGUGGACAAUGCGGCCCACAGCUGCAGGUCAUCGCUCUUUGUGUCAUGUACAUGUGGACAUGUUCCUCUCCCGCAGAGAGGAACAGGGCCUUCCAUGAGGAUGUACACACGAAGAAGCAUAACAAGCUCGAGUUCGAGAAGGUUGUGAAGUUGGUCGAGAUUUCGGCCAACGUCCGCCUUCUCUCUCACCAACGGGCUGGCCGCGACUUUGCAUUGCUGUGGACGGUCGAUGAGUCGAUGUUGCACAUGGAGGGAGGCAUCGGGACUCAACCGUCGUGGCAGGGGACGGACGCGAGCAGGACGCAGGAGGACCGGGAGAGAGACGAUGACAGUGAUGACGAGGAUCCUAAGGGGGAGGACGAGCGGGCGGGACCUGCUGCCCAUCCGGCCUCACAGGAGGCUGAUGAGUGGAGCGACCCGGAGGACGUCCGUAGACGUAGUGGUGGGGGAGACCUGCUUGGUGAAGGUGACGGAAGCCCUUUUGAGCGAGAGAGGCCUACGUCUCGGAGGCCUCACUUUGUCGAUACGCAGGGGGAGCCAGCUGUAGUCGAGGCAGCUUUCGCAGGGACGCAGGGGGGGACAGAUGCAGGCGAAGCGACUUCAACCGGGAUGCAGGGGGAGCCGCAGGGGUUGCACGAGACCGGGAUCGCGGCACUCGAGAACCCGCGUCUUGUGCCCGACCAGCCUCUUCACGACGAGCAGAGGACGGAGGAUGCUUUGCCUGAGACCGUGGGCAUGCCUUUACCGACGGUUUUUAUUGAGGGCGCCGUGGGCAUGUUCCCGGGUCUCGAGGACAUACAGACGGAGUUCGUUGAGCUCUCGUUCUGCCUGCUGCGAGUGGAUCCGAACUGGACGUGGGAAGGCGAUCAAAGGCCCUCGUCAGAAACCGUGGAGUUGCUCGUCAUUCAGGCGUGGAGAACUAACGUGGCGGGAGACCUUCUGGGAUUCGUCUUUGGAACUGUGGAUCAGGGAUACCGAUCACAGAUCGUGCGCGAACUUACGAUCGUGAUCGCGCGACUGGCCGACGAGCUCCCCCUCGAUAUCGUCUCUCAGAGUGACGAAGAGCCCGUGCCGCAUGUCCUCUCAAGGACUCUCGCCCCGAGCCUUCAGUGGUCGGCUUGUAUCGAGGAGCGCUGGGCGGACGGCCGCUUCCCAUCUCGCAGCGAGUACCUAGACGUCCACAGCCUAACUAACCCCUGCUUCUUUCGGCAACCAACGGCGUUCGAGUGGGCAGCGCUAAGGGCAGAGGAAGAAGCAGAAGAAGAAUCGGAAGGAGAAUUAAGGAGAGAGGCCGGAGAAGCAGCGGCCCGGUUGGCCGAGGACGAGGAAGAGGAGCGCGAAGCAGAAGAAGAAGAAGAAGAAGCAGAGGGGGAGACUUCAGAAGGAGAAGAGGAGGACGAAGACGACGACGAAGGAGUGGAAAGCGGAGAAGACGAUCGGGAGCCAGCGCGCGACGACGAACUCGAGUGGGUGCCAAAACCGGAUCAUCAAGAGGAAAAUCCUGAGGCCGCUGCGCAGCACAAGAAGGAGGUCGUGGAGGGAAAACGGCCAAUGAUCGACCCCACACCGAACGAUCCUUCCAAGGAUCCCGAGCCGCCCAAGCCGGAACAAGGGGUCCUUGUUGCCACGACCUCGAGCGCGGCGACGACAAGGCACCGACCCCGAUCCCGAUCCUUAUCCCCCUCCGCCUCCGCCCGUCCCCCAAUUCGUCAACGUGUCAAUGAGGGGCUUCGCCCUUCGUCCCCGAUCCAUAUACCACCGUCCCCUUAGCCAUCUCUCUUUCAAUCAGUAUCUUCAUCGCAUCGUCUUCCCCCGU